AGCAGAGGGUGUAAAUUCCGGCUACUGUCACCGCGACCAUCCGCGGCACUGAGCGUGUCCAGCUGGGAUCUACGUUCCUGCUAAUCCCCUGCUGCUGCUGGAGGAGGAUGAAGGUCUCUUGCGAGGAUGUAAACGGUCCCCGAAGCUCCCUGGGCCGGGCCUGGAAUCACGUGUCGUGGCUGUACUAUCAGUACCUUCUGGUGACGGCGCUGUAUAUGCUGGAGCCCUGGGAGAGAACCGUGUUCAAUUCGAUGCUGGUGUCGAUUGUGGGAAUGGCGCUAUACACUGGCUAUAUCUUCAUGCCCCAGCACAUCCUGGCCAUCUUGCACUACUUCGAGAUCGUUCAAUGACCCAGAAUAGCCCUGCUUUACAAGGGAGGGCACGAGCCGCCCCUGUGAUGCUGUAUCUGGCACCAGCGUAUACCUACACAAUGGAAAUAUGGUUGUAGGACAAACGUCCCAAGGUGGGAUGAAUAGUAUCACCCGUGAGCCGCUGGACUCCUUCCAUCCCUCGCAGGAUGAUCAACACACAGCGUCACUCAAACUGGAACUUAACCGUUUUGUUGCCACAAAAGCCUGCAGCUUGGUGUCUGGUAGUCCUUUCUGACAACAAAAGGGUUAAAAAGCAGUAUUUAUAGACAUUUUUUAAAUAUUGCACAGUAAAUGUAUUUUAUGAAGUCAUAACUUGCCUGUCAUUCCUUUAACACCCACCAACGUAUAACUUUUUUAUAUUAUUGUGACGCUUGUAGCAGUGAUAAUCUGCUUUGUACACAAAUGAAUCUGCACUUCUCACUUGUACAGCCGCAGUUCUGACACAAUCGUGCGGAAAAGUUAAAAGAAUACUUUUAGGGGUAUUGUUUGCUCUGGUUUUGUUAACCGAAUUUAACCCAAAUACAGGUUUUCUUAAAAUUCA